GUUGCUCUCCUUGUUUGAUAUACGGUAUGUAUCUAUCCUUGUUGGAUACUGCUGCUCUCCUUGUCUACGGAUCGUUUUGCCAUCGGUAACAGGGGAAACUACAAUUACCGAUAGAGUGACUUAGAUGGCAGUACCAUCUAUAGACAAGGACAGAUACAUAUAUAUCGCGCGAAUAUAACAUUAUAAUAAUUAAAUACUAAAGAAUAAAUAUUAUUAAAAUAUAUUACGACGAGUACGAUAUAAGACUCUAUCUUUGUUUUAAAAUGUAGGAUAAGAAUGAAAUGUAGGAUUUUACGAAAUGUAAUAUUUGUUUCUCGUUCCGCCCGUAGUUUGAAUUUCUUAUCAAGAUUAGUUUAAAGAUUCUCUGGGACGAGGCAGCAGCUUUAAGAAACAGAUUUUCAAAAUUUGUUCAAAGUGUUCUGUGCCUGUAUAAUUAGAUUAAGAGACUUACAAUAGUAAAAGUUCCAACUGAAUCAAAAAGUAUCUUAGUAUCUAGGAGUUCAUUCUCGAAAAUUCUCUUCGUGUGGCAGAAUGCGAUAGGUACAACGAAUGACACGAAUGGUUUACAUCGUUCACGUUUUUACAAAUAACACACAAUUCUGAUAUCUUCUUUAAAUUAACGCACGUUUAAAUUAUAUUCUUUCUUAUAACUUAACCUAAAUUUUAUCACCGUUGUUAUUGACUCGAGUUACACGAGAUGGAUAAGUCAGUUUUGAUGCAAAAGCAAGUGAGGGACAAUGCAGAGGACUUGCAAAAGGAAUUCCUGGAUAUGAAAAAUUGGGAAGAACAAAUGAAACACAAGGAUGAGCAACUGCGGAAAGAAGCAGGUGGUCAGAUUGUCUUACCGCCGAUUAGAAGAAAGCACAAAAACAAAACGGAGAACGCUGUUACGAAAAAAGAUGAAAGCAAUACUGAAAUGAAAAGAAUUAAAUCGUAUGAUUAUACCGCUUGGGAUAAAUUUGAUGCAGACAAAGCUUGUAAAGAAGUGGAUAAAGAGGAACAGUCGGAUGAAUCUGAGGAUGAACAUAUGUCCAAGGAAGAAUUGAAGAGGGCACAUGAACAAGCGACGAAGCAUAAAAAUGAGGGCAAUAUUUUUGUGCAGCAACAAAAUUGGUCAAAGGCAAUUGGCUGCUACAGUAAUGCUAUAAAACUAUUUCCAUAUGAUGCGGUCUUUUAUGCAAAUCGUGCACUGUGUCAGUUAAAACUAGAGAACUUCUAUGCUGCUGAAUCUGAUUCUUCUGCUGCGAUUCAGUUAGAUGACAGUUAUGUGAAAGCUUACCUCAGAAGAGCCACAGCAAGAAUGAAUAUAAAACAAUAUAAAGAAGCUAAACGAGAUUUGGAGAAAAUUUUGAAAUUAGAAGCUUCUAAUAAGGAGGCCAAGUUGUUGCUAAAUCAAAUCGAGAACAAGCUGAAAUGUUCAGAGGCAAGCACUACAGUGAAAAAAGAUGAUGUGCAGCAGUCAACGAUUGAAAAAGAAAGUACUAAGGAGACUACAAUUGAAAAAAAGAUUGCUGAUAAAAUGUGGAACAAUAGUGCACCAAAAGUACAAAGCACGGGAACUAAAGAUAUUAUAAAGCCUAAACAUAUGAAGGAAAAUCAAGUUAUCACGAAUGUUAAAGAUAAUAUAGAAAAUAAAAAAGAUGAUGCUGGUACCAAUAUUAAAAAGAAGAGAGACUUGCGUAUUCCAGAUUGGUUGCCAGAGAAGGAUGAAGUUACUGUAAUAGAACCAAUAGAGAAACCUCCUCAUUUGCGUUCAAAGAAAUCAUUGACAAAAAUACCUAUCCAAGAAUUGGAAUUUGGUAUAGAUCAGUACAAAUAUACUAAUAACAAAAUAAUAAGCAACGAAGAUAAUCUUGUACAGAAAGAAGGUCGUGUAGAGGAAAAAGAACCUAAUAAAGAAUCUGUACAGAUAGAAGAAUUUAAUAAAAAAUUUAUACAGAUGGAAGGACAGAAAGAAGAACUUUGUAAAGACCCAGUACUAGAACCUCGUAAAGAAAAUAAUUGUGUCAAAGUUUCUCAACCUUCGAAAGAUAUCAAGUUUACACCAAUACCUAAAACAGCUGUACAGUUUCUAAUGAAUUGGAGAAAAAAUAACUCAUUGGAAUUCAGAUAUGAAUAUUUGAAGCAAUUACCAGAGAACAGUUUACCUAAAAUAUUUCAAGAUUCAAUGGAAUCGGAUAUUUUCAGUCAAAUAAUAGAAAUUUUGAGCAUAGAAUUCAUAAAAAGGAAAGAUCAGAUAUUCCGUUACUUGAAAGAUCUCAGUCAAGUUAAGCGAUUUAGAGCACUUAUUAUGUUUAUUACUAAUAGUGACAAAAAAAGUAAAUUUAAAAACACUUUUUGAAUAUUGCAAAACAGUCGAAAAUGUGUCUCAAGAUGAAAUUUCAACUCUGAAAGAUAAAUAUGAAAUUUAGAAAUAAAUUUAUAAUUUAUAUUUUUAAA